AACUCACAAAAAAUUUAGAUUACGGGGCGGAAAGUUCAUGAAAAGGAUAGCUAAUAGACAUGUACAUACCUUAUCAAGUCACCACAGCAAAACUAUAGCUCACUCCGGCAACUCGCACAGAGCAAUAACAUUCCAACUGCCAAAACGUUGCAAUUUUUAACAAAGAUCUAAACAAUUUAUAUCUUAAAUAAUAUUUGCAAGAUGUACUUCUUAUAUUUUAAGAAUUAAAGGGAAGAAGCCACACUUUAUUUGAGAAACAGUAAGUCUUAGAAACACUGGAAAGUCGCUAGUUUUAAAAUAAACUGUAAGCGGGAAACUACAAAGCGCCCGUUAAAAUGGACUUACUCUAAAGGGGACAUAAUUAAUUAUUAUUAAUUAUUUGUUUUUGACAGUUUUUAAAAGCAGGUUCUGCAGACUAACAAAGGGCUUUCAAUCCGUAUCCACCCAUUAAGGAGCUUCAAGAAUUUUGUCCAGCAAGAGUUCGCACUUAGGAGAUUCCACUAUAUUUGCAUCUAUCGACGUCAAACCAAUUUUAAUUAAUUACGAAUUAAACGAAACUCUGACAGGAUGACGGAUAGAACAAAAUCUUGUAUCUGAUGGUGAGAAUUAGUAAGAUACAAUCAGAAAGAAUAUUAACCAAUCAUAUUUAUUGAUGGUCUUAAUAAAUGAUCUCGAAAAACUAAACGAAACAAAUUCAACUAGCUGUGCUUGGCUAAAGGUCAUUCAAAAUGUUAUCCUCGCCAUUUGUCGCACUCGUGAUUCUACUUUGUGGAGUAGUUGUCACAGAAGCAAAAUUCUCCAAUUGGAACGAAUGGUCAGCGUGCUCCUCACAAUGUGGAAAAGGAACAAAGUCACGUGAAAGAAUAUCAAUUCAGAGUCAUAACGAUGCUUGCUACAGUACUAUCAUCGAGAAGAAGGAAUGCAGUACAGAAUGUGAAGAUUUGAUUAAUUGGGCGGAAAACGCAACAGCAACAGCCUCAAGUCAACUUUUGAAAGUGUAUCCAGCUGGAAGAGCUAUUGAUGGAAUCACAACAAACAACUUACUCGAAAAAAGUUGCAUGCAUACAGCUAAAGAUAAAAAACCAUGGCUAAGAAUUGACUUGGGAACUUUGAGAUUGGUGGAAAAGGUUGUCAUUUAUAAUCGCGCAGAUUGUUGUAGUGAGAGAUUAAAUAACAUGUUAAUCAUUGUGGGCAACAAUGCCGACGGGACAGGUAAUCAUAUCUGCGGUGGAAGGGAUAGCAUGGAAGAUGUAAAGAAAACUACAAUUUCCUGUUGUCAAACUUUGAUUGGACGCUAUGUGCACGUGACUAUACCUGGACCACAAUUCUUACACGUGUGUGAAGUUGAAGUGCUUGGAAAACGAUUAAAUAAUCUGGCUAUUCACAAGUCUGCGUUAAUGUCGAGUUUGUUAGACAGUCCUUACCCUGCUAGCAACGCUGUCGACGGCAAUGAGGGAACAUUAAGUCACACAAAAACUGAAGCUAAUCCAUGGUGGCAAGUGGACCUAGGAAAAGACUCAAUAGUUUACAAGGUCGAAGUAAAAGACUAUGAAAGUAAUGGGAAUUACGCAAAACGUGCAGUGAUCAGUGUGCGAGACUUGCAAAAUGUUGUUAGAGUUUGUGGAAAUACUGGAGAUUUUAGAAACAAAGUGGUAGUUGUUUGUCAGACUCCUUUGUUUGGAAGAUACGUCAAAUUGCAACUACAUCGCACCGAUCCCUUACUCUUAAGAGAAGUCAGAGUGUGGGGAAGAAUGAAAUGAAAUUAAGUCCCACACGUCUUAAUUUCCUAAAAAAGAAUAAAAAUUUAAAAUCCAAUUGA